UUAAACAUUGCAAAUAUCCUUUGGUAUAAAUAUGCCGCAUUCAUGAAGAAAAAUAAAGCAACCCCAGCAACAGUUGAAGAAACAUCUUCUUUUGCCAAAGAUUAAACAUGAAGUUAUUAUUUCUAAUUUGUAUUACGCUAACCCUUGCGUUGUCGGUAUUUUCCUUACCUUUCAAUCAAAGCGAGGAAGAAGAAUGGAGUGCAUAUAAGAUGAAAUACGGUAAACAUUACGCAACAAGCGCUGAAGAUCAGUUAAGGAAGAACAUCUACUUCGAUAAUAAGCUCCGGAUCGCAAAGCAUAAUGAUUUACAUGCCAACGGAAUCAAGACAUACAAAUUAGGAAUAAACAAAUUCGCAGAUCUUACAUCCACCGAAUUCAGAAAGCUAAUGAAUGGUUACAAAGGAAUUAAAAAGCAGACCGGAGAACUUUACGUUCCCCCCGCAAACGAAAAAUUACCAAGCAGUGUAGACUGGAGACAAAAAGGUGCAGUCACACCUAUAAAGAAUCAAGCACAGUGUGGUUCCUGUUGGGCUUUCUCUACCACUGGUUCCAUCGAAGGUCAACAUUUUUUGAAAACUGGAAAACUCGUAUCUCUCAGCGAACAGAACUUGAUGGAUUGCUCCACAGCAGAGGGAAACGAAUCCUGUGAGGGUGGCUUGAUGGAUUAUGCUUUUGAAUAUGUUAAGAAAAAUAAUGGAAUCGACACUGAAAAAUCUUACCCUUAUAAAGCCGAAGAUAGCUCGAAGUGCAAAUAUAAAAAGGCGAAUGUUGGAGCCACGAUCACUGGAUACAAAGACAUUCAGAGUGGUAGUGAGUCAGCUCUACAAUCAGCAGUGGCCAAUAUUGGACCUAUAUCUGUGGCAAUUGAUGCAAGUGCUGAUUCUUUUCAGCUUUACGAUUCAGGGGUCUACUAUGAGGAAGAUUGCAGCUCUGAAGAUCUGGAUCAUGGUGUCCUCGCAGUUGGUUACGGUUCCGAUAACGGCAAAGACUACUGGCUGGUGAAGAACUCCUGGGGUGAAGAUUGGGGUAUCGAUGGCUUUAUUAAAAUGACAAGAAACAAGAAAAACAACUGUGGCAUUGCUACACAGGCUAGCUACCCACUGGUUUUCAAGAUGAAAAUAACAUCAAUAUUUUUUCUCACAUUAUUGCUGGCGUUGUCGGCGUUUUCCUUGCCUUUUGACCAAAAUGAGGACGAUGAAUGGAACGCUUACAAGAGUAAAUAUGGGAAAAAUUACACAACAAAGGAGGAAGACCAGUUAAGGAAAAAUAUAUAUUUUGAUAAUAAGCUCCGCAUCGUAAAACAUAAUGCUUUGCAUGCUAACGGUAUUAAGACAUACAAACUAGGAAUAAAUAAAUUUGCAGAUUUGACUUCUACAGAGUUCAGAAAGUUUAUGAAGGGUUACAAAGGAGAGAAAAAAGUAAUAGGUGAGCUUUACACUCCCCCAUCAAACGAAAAUUUGCCAAGCAGUGUGGAUUGGAGACAAAAAGGUGCAGUCACACCUAUCAAGAAUCAAGGACAGUGUGGUUCCUGUUGGGCGUUCUCUACUACUGGCUCCAUCGAAGGUCAACAUUUCUUGAAAACUGGAAAACUUGUAUCCCUUAGUGAACAGAACUUGAUGGAUUGCUCCACAGCAGAAGGAAACGAAUCAUGUGGUGGCGGCUGGAUGGAUCAGGCUUUUGAAUAUGUUAAGAAAAAUAAUGGAAUCGACACUGAAAAAACCUAUCCCUACAAAGCAGAGGACAGCUCAACGUGUAAAUUUAAUAAGGCGAAUGUUGGAGCCACGAUCACUGGAUACAAAGAUAUUGAGAGUGGCAGUGAGUCAGCUCUACAAUCAGCAGUAGCCAACGUUGGACCAAUAUCUGUGGCAAUUGAUGCCAGCUCCUUUGAUUUCCAGCUCUACUCCUCAGGAGUCUACUAUGAGGAAGAUUGCAGUUCUGAAGAUCUGGAUCAUGGUGUCCUCGCAGUUGGUUACGGUUCCGAUAACGGCAAAGACUACUGGCUGGUGAAGAACUCCUGGGGUGAAGAUUGGGGUAUCGAUGGCUACAUCAAAAUGACAAGAAACAAGAAAAACAACUGUGGCAUUGCUACAAAGGCUAGCUACCCAUUGGUCUAAUAAAAUUCUUCAUUGUGUUUUAUAAAAUAAAAACGAAUAUAAUAAAUUU